CAUCCAUCUCGCCAUCCAAUGCCGACGGCGGGGCGGGUACACGGCGGCGGCGCCGCGACCCACGCCACGUACACAUGCAGCCCUCACAGCUUUGCCUUCAUGCGACUCGAGAUCACGGUCGCCAAUCCCAAAGGAACCGACCCUGUUGCGAUCACGCCGACGACGGUCAAGCUCCAGAUCGCGUCCAGCAUCAAGCAAUUGUUCGGCACUGUCGGUGUCGCCGCGCACAACUUCGACGUGCUGUCUGUCGUGGCGGACACCACCACCCACGCGGCGCUCCUCCGCGUGCGGCAAGAGUCCGUAACGCCCCUGUGGACCGCGCUCGCGUUAAGCACCAAGUUCGACAACUUUCCAUGCAAGUACGAAGCGACGCAGGUCGCGUCGUCGUUGGUCGAGUUAGCGUCGCCUCGGUACUUAGACGUGUAACAUGCCGCGGUUGCUUACUCGUCUUGGCUGAAAAA